AUGGUUAAUUACGUUAAUUCGCUCGCCAUGUACCCGGGCAAGAGCGGCCAGUACGGUGCCGGAUGGUAUAGUUGGCAACCACAGAAUUUUGACGAACAGCAAUGGUGUUCUUGGAACGGAGCACAGACGGCAGGGGAGUGGGCUGCAGAUUCACAUCAUUUUAAAAGGGAACCUGGGGAAAGAGACGUUGCAGAAAUACCAUCUCCUGCUCGGGGUGAUCAGGUUAGUCCAGAGGAAGGGUCGCCUGGAGCGCGUCAUUCGCAACCACCGGCACCUACACGUUCUCCUUUCGAAUGGAUGAAAAAGCCAAGUUACCAGUCGCAGCCAAAUCCAGGUAAAACCCGCACUAAAGACAAAUACCGGGUGGUCUACAGCGAUACGCAAAGGCUAGAGCUUGAAAAAGAAUUUCAUUACAGCAAAUAUAUUACGAUUCGAAGAAAGGCAGAAUUAGCUGUCAACUUGGGUCUUUCUGAACGUCAAGUAAAAAUUUGGUUCCAAAAUCGGCGCGCGAAGGAGCGCAAGCAGGUAAAAAAACGCGAAGAAGUCGUUAUGAAAGAGAAGGGGGAUCACGCGUCACUGCAGCAUGCACAGAUACAUCACGCAACGAUGCUACAGCAUCAUCAGAUGAUGAAUGGCAUGAUGCAUCACCAUCAUCACUACCACCAAGGGGUGCUCCAAGGAGUGCCGGAGCCUUUAAUGCCGGGAGUUGCGCCUGUUCAUCUACUGUGA